AUGUCUGCGGCCGCUGAACUCGCUCAGGGAGCGGAACCGGACCAGGCACCAGUGGAUGACCCGGUUGGGGGGGAGGAGCAGCAGCGGAAUGGCGGCGAAGAUUUCCAUGAAAUCGGCGAUGAGACCCAAGCGGUUGGCGAAGAGGCCCAUGAGAUCAACGAUGAGGUCACGGAGAAGUUCCAUGAAAUCGGCGAUGAGCCCCAAGCGGUUGGCGAAGAGGCCCACGAGUUCAGCGAUGAGGUCACGGAGAAAUUCCAUGAGGCCGGCGAAGUGGACGGCGCCCACGCUGUUGCUGCCGCCACGGACGCGGGGCCUGACCGCAGCGCAGGCUCGCCAGAUAAAGAUGGUGAGCCGCCACGGGGCAGCGAAUUUUCUACGGACGGCGAGCAGACGGUAACGGCGGCGUACGAGCUGAACUCAGAUGUGCCGCAUGCUAGCGCCGACACAAAAACGGAUGGUAGUGGUGGGCGCUGCGAGGACGAGGAUAUGAAAACCGAUCUGAUGGACACAAAGACCGACGUGGCUGCCAAUGUGGAUGCUUCCGCCGCGGAACAACAGUGGCAAGAGGAUGAUGACGAGAAGCAACAGCCCGCUUCUAAGAGCAAUAUCUCGGCCUCAACACACGAUGUAGACCAAGAGGCGUUGAAGGAGGAAGGUGACUGGUCGUUUCGUGAGGAAGGUGAGGAGCUGGCGAAUGGCGAGCCUGUAGGCAAGGAAAGUUUGUCACCGGUACGGCCGCCAAACCUGUCACCAACAAAGCUACAGUCAGUGGCGCUGCCUGCUGUGCCGCCGCACUCGAAGCAAGCGGUGAGGGGCGCAGGUAAGGUGCUGGCUGCUGAGCAUCAGAGGCAACAACGCCUGGCACGCAUGGCCCCUGCAGCGGCGCACAGAGCAGCAGGUAGCGGUCAGCCCUCCGCCCCGACAGAGAUGCACCUGCGCGAGAGCGAUGCAUAUCUGGCACUUCUUCAGCAUUAUGACAGGCCUUGUGAAAGCCCGAGGGAGGCAGAACGGCGGNUGCACCUGCGCGAGAGCGAUGCAUAUCUGGCACUUCUUCAGCAUUAUGACAGGCCUUGUGAAAGCCCGAGGGAGGCAGAACGGCGGCGCAAACUGUUGUGUGUGGUAGGGUCGACGGAAGGGGAGGGAUCAGAGGAGGUACCUGGAGCCAGGAGGACGCCGCAGCGCGGAGCCGAUGGCAAAGGUCGGCGCUCCAAGGCGCUGCAGCGCACGGUGCAGAGAGGCACACCACCGCUCGGCUACGGCUAUACCGCUCAGGACAGCAAAAAAAUGUGGACCCCUCUCUCGCGUGGAGUAAGUCACCUCACCACGAUGAGCACGCUUCCGCCGCAGCCCGCUGCAAGGGGAAAUGCCGACGCCGAGGGGGAAGCGUCGAACCGGGACUCACAGUUGCGUCUUCCCGCGCCACCGGCAUCACAGUCGCGGCGUCAGCAGGACGCGUUUCGGCGCUGUCUGCAGCAGUUGCUUGAGCGAACCAACAGCAGCAACAACAGUGGCACCACCCCCGAAUUGGGCUAUAGCUACUCUUGUAUCCUGUCCAGUAAAGGCAGGGGCGGGCCGUCUCGCACGCCUGAUUUGAGCCAGGAGGAGCGUCGUGUGUGUGAGAAGAACAGCAGGCGAGAAGCUGCUGAACGGAUCCAAAAGCGUGCCGAGCAACUGGAGCAAGUCUACGGCUGUCCCAGACCGCAUGGUGUAUCAUCCACCAGCAAUGCCGCGGCGCUGCUGGAGCCGAAAAAGCCGCGGCGCCACAGCAAUGGGAUGCGAACACGGCAGUCCGGCAUGCUUCCCCCUUCCGAUGGUCGUCUGGGCGCACAAAGCGACUCUAGAGAGGCGCCGGGUUCUGGAGAGAGGAACAACAAAGGCAUCAGCCGUUCUCCCGUGAAGCCACCGAUGCUGAAAGAGGUGCGCGGAGGUAACGAAGAGCCGCAGGAGCACCCUCUGUACGUGGUUGAAUAA